AUGGAUAAACAGUCUUUUAUUUUACAAGAUACACGAACAGGUACAGAUGGCGCUGGUGACUCAGGUACCUUGGACAUGGGCAGCCGCUCCUCAUUGCACACCGGCCUGCAAAUGUCCGAAGAUGAACAUUGGGAGAUGAACUACCAUGAGGCUGCUAUUUAUUUGGAGGAAGGUCUUAAUAAUGAAAAGUUCGACUCCCACCCGUCAAGUCCAGAGGAAUUACCUGCGUAUCUCAGGGUACACAACCCAUGGUACCAUGGAUUAGACUUACUGGCAUCUCUGGUGCUCAUUCUUCUAGCGUUCACUGAAGAUCCUGCUGUACCCACAUUCGAAUUACCAGUAUGGGCUCAUGGCACGAUAGAGCUUCUAGCACUGACGGUGAUUGGCGUAGAGCUACACCUUAAACUGAAGUGGAUCGGAUGGGGCACAAUACUAAAACACAAGAGGACAAUGAUAAAGGGGAUAACCCUACUAAUAAUGGUCCUGGAAGCAGUGGUUGUGUUAUGCCGACAGUCUUCACAUUUUCGAGUGACGCGAGCUCUUCGACCUAUUUUUCUAGUAGAUACAAGACACUGUGGUGGCGUCCGACGGUUCAUCAGACAGAUACUUCAGUCUCUACCACCUAUUAUUGAUAUGUUAGGAUUACUAAUGUUCUUCGUGGCAACCUACUCGCUGCUGGGCUACUAUCUUUUCUCAGAACACGUUGACAACGGACACUUCCAGACCAUCAGCGAUUCUUUUGUCAGCAUGUUUGUACUACUCACGACAGCCAAUUUUCCAGAUGUGAUGAUGCCAUCGUACGCCAAGUCCAAGUGGUACGCGGUGUUCUUCAUACUGUACAUCAUCACUGUUCUCUACGUGCUCAUGAAUUUGAUGUUGGCGGUAGUGUACGAGACGUUCACCCGCAUCGAGCGAGAGAAGUGCCGCGCGUUGCUCCUACACCGGCGGCGCGCUGCUCGGCACGCCUUCCGCCUGCUCGUGUCGCGCCGCGCGCCUCACGCCGUGCGCUUGCGUCAUUUCGCCGGCCUCAUGCGUCACUAUGCGCCGCAUUAUAGUGGUUUGGAUGUCUACCUGAUGUUCAAGCAACUCAACCAAUCCGCAUCGGGUGGUCUGUCACGCAGCGAGUUUGCCAACUUAUACGACGUGUUCGCGCUCCGGUGGGCUGGACAACACUCCAGGGCGCCUUGGUACGCGCAGUCGCCGCUGGAGCCUCUCGGCCGAGCUGCUGCAGCUGCCUUACGGUGGCCCUACUUUGAAUAUCUUAUUUAUGCUCUUAUUAUCGGAAACGGAGUAGCGUUAGUUCUCCGAGUGUGUGAGGCGGCUGGUGACCUGCAGGACAGCGCCAGACUCUUGUGCGCUUCAUGGGAUACCUGGUUGUUCCUCUCAUUAUUCCUAAUAGAGGCAGGUUUGCGAAUGAUGGCGUCUGGUUUGAGCGCGUACCUUGAGAGUGGCUGGAACGUGUUCGACCUAAGCGUGACGCUCCUGGCACUCAUGGGCGCCGUGCUACUCAGCAUUGCACCGAAACUCUUCAUCGUCGUUAUUUUCAGACCUCUGAGGCUGAUGCGUCUCUACAAGCUCAAGAAACGUUACCGCGACGUGUUCGGGACACUGGUGCUGCUAUCACCUCUCAUGUCAUCCGCUGGUUGCGUCAUGUUGGUCAUGUAUUAUUUCUUUGCCAUCAUCGGCAUGGAACUCUUCGCCUCUUACGAUCUAAGAAACUGUUGCGUUAACACUACGGUGGAAGACUUCUACAAAUACUCGCUGAACGGUUCCACGGCCUUAGGUUACUACUACCUGAACAAUUUUGAGAACAUAGUCACGAGUGGGGUCACUUUGUUCGAACUCACAGUCGUCAACAAUUGGUUUAUACUGAUGAACGCAUAUGCCACAGUGUCUGGUCAGUUCAGUAGGAUAUAUUUUAUGGUGUUCUACUUAUUCACUAUGGUUGUACUGACUAUUGUGGUGGCGAGUGUACUGGAGGCCUUCAGAUUCAGGAUACAGUAUAAGCGUAGCACUACUAAGAGAGAUGAGGAGAAACUUCUUCACGAAGAGGUUCAUACUAAUUGGGAGGAGGCUCAAAGGAUUGGCGUUAGCGGUGAACUCUCUGAGGAGCUCAGGCCUCACCUACCACCCGGGGUGGAAGUCACAUUUAUUGGAUCUCGUCCACGAACGAAGGAGGUACUGCAGCGGCGGAUGUACCAGACUGAGAUACAGAAAUGGCUAGCAGAGGAGGACGAGAAUGAAGGUCUGCCACCUUCGACGACAAUAACCUCAAGCGAGGAUCCACUAGCGCCACCCUUGAUCCACCAACCUGAUGCCGAAACCAACCACCAGAUGAGAACGGGUUACCAAUUGUAG